AAUUAUGUGCUUGAAGCUUAUCCAACACUGGUUGAGAACUCAAUUGUUACCGACGACACUAGUUGCGCUCUAUGCGUUUAAAUUUGGAUUAAAAGAAUUCAGCCAUGGUUGUUGCUAAAAAACCAAAGCCUGCCGGGCAAAAGAAGCCCUUAGGAAUAGAAAAACCCUCAGAAAAGAAACCUGCCCCCUCCGCUCCGCUUGUGGCAGCAAAACAAAGGAUCGUGGUUACCCCUUGGCGCGACACGCAGGAAUUCAAUGCGACUUACGACUGGUUGUUUGCCAAAGGAUCUACGCCCGCAAAUCGCCGCCAGGCCUUGAGCCAAAUCCGCAUAUGGAGCCUGCGUAGAGGUAGCCUCUGUCCUGCUGCCGUUUUGGCCACUUCCGUGCUGGUCCAGGCGGAACUGGAGGACAAGCUGGGCAGCUCUAGGAUUCAGACCACCUACGCCAAUGCCUUCACGAGGUUCUACAACUUUAUGUCAUCCAUCAUCCAGGGCCACAACAUGGCCAGCAUGUACGAGACGGCUAAGGAAUUGGGUCUGCAGUCUUUCAUUGUGGAUUUGCGUCAUUUGUGCUCCCAUGGACAGGAGCUUCCACCGGCCACAGUCUUGAGAAACACCUCAAAACACUGCCUAGAAUGGUUACGUACAUAUUAUUGGCUGCCUCACAAGGAGUCUCUGGUCAAUUUAGUUUCGGGAAAACUGCAAAGGAAGGACAAGUUAAAAUUUGAAAAUGAGGUUACACGUCUGCUGGAAAUCUACGACUUAUCCUUGGAGUGCCAGGUCCAAGGUGCACAAAAGCUCAAGGACAUCAGCAAACUGAAGGCUAGCGCAGAAUUCAACAAGAUUCGGGUUUACGCUUCCAGCAAAAAAGUAAAGACACCAAAGGAAAUUCUGACCGCCGUGGUAGGUGAUCUUAACGUGCUGAUCAAAAAGAAUUCGCACGCCAUGAAGGAUCUGCUGGACAUCUAUCUGAACUGUCUCCUUAAAAUGAAAUACUUCCUUACCGUUGGCUUGAACAUACAGGACAACGAGGACGAAAUCGUGGCAGCUACUCAGGAGCUCUUUAGACUACUGGCUUUGCAAGGGUUUAUCGAAAAAUUCUUUACAGUUUUAGUGCAGAUGACCGAAAACCCAAAUGAGACUGAUGAAAAGCGUCAGGGAGCGGGCUAUUGGGCCAUGAAAAUGAUUGAAACGUUUGGAAUGCUCUCCCGAAUGAAACGCAUGUACAAAGAAGAACUUGAUUUGAAUCCCAACUUGAAGCCUGUGAACUUCUCCUCCCUCAACACAAACGUGAUACCAAAUACCCUUAAACGUUUGCUGGUUCACUCAGGAGUCGAUUCCUCCGUAACCCUUGUUUUUGGAGACAAUCCCACAAAGGCGAGAAAUUGGAUCUUCGAUAUUGAUUUCAUCCGGCAGCGUGUCAGACCUUUCAGCAAGUUUUCUGGGGCCAUUGUAAAAGGACUUCUUUCCCUUACAGAUCCCCCACUUGGAGAGCAGCAAAUUGAAGACCUAACCCGUCUCUGCAAUACACGACUGCAUGAUCAGGAUUCUGUGAAGCCGAAGAAAGUGAAGAGUUUACCGAACUAUAGUCUCAAUGAUCUGAAAAAUCUUGUGGCCGAAUGUGAAAAUGAAGAAAAUGAUAGUCCUAUUAGCACUGAAAGCUCAGACUAUGGAAUUUGGAAAUUAGAUAAUGAACACGAUUGGUCUGCGAGCGCUUUGGGUGUUUUACCCUGGUCUAAUUAAAUGUUGAUAUAAAAAUA